AUGACUGUGGUUGGAUAUGCAGCCAAGUUUAAGGAGUUGGUGAGGUACUUUCCCCAUUAUCAAGGGAGAGAUGGUGAAAGUUCCAAAUGUGUGAAGUUUCUGAAUGGCUUGCGACCUGAAGUGAAACAAGCUAUGAAUUACCAAGGUGUUUGUCAGUUUCCACUUUUGGUUAACAUGUGUCGGAUUUGGGAUGAAGACUCUCGAGAUAGGGCAACCUAUUAUAGGAGUAUAGGUCCAAUGAAAAACAAGAAGAAUGGACCUCAACAUCGGGGAAAACCAUACUCGACCCCUCCUAAGCAAUAUGGUAACCGCCUCAACAAUCAAAGGACUAGAGAUUGUCCACACCCCAAGAAGAAGCAGAAUGGUGGGGGCCUGAAUGGUCAAACUGGACAUCCGAAGGCCACUGGAAAAGUCUUUACCCUUAACGGUGUUGAAGCUUCAAAAUCCAAAGAUCUAAUCCAAGGGAAACUUAAGCUUUUUGUGUCCUCUUUAAAUAAAGAUCUGGUGGUAGAGACCCCAACUAGUGGUUCUGUGUUAACUUCUGAUGUGUGUUUGGAUUGUCUUGUGGAAAUUUCUGGUAGAACAUUCUUGAUUGAUUUGAUUUGUUUGCCUUUGAGCCAGAUUGAUAUUAUUCUUGGUAUGGAUUGGUUAUCUUACAACCAUGUCUUGUUAAACUGUUUUGAUAAAAGUGUGGUGUUUGAUGAUUCUGGAAUGAGUAAGGAUAUGAUGUUUAUCUCUGCCAACCAUGUUGUGAUAUCUUUAAAAGAAGAUGCUCAAGUGUACAUGAUCUUGUCUAGCCUAGAAAUAGAGACAAAUGUUUCCAUGUGUGACCUCCCUCUUGUCAAAGAGUUUCCUGAAGUGUUUCUUGAGGAUAUAUCCGAUCUGCCACCCAAGAGAGAGAUAGAGUUUUCCAUAGACUUAGUACUUAGUGCUGGACCCAUAUCCAUAGCCCCUUAUAGGAUGUCUCCUAUAAAGUUAGUUGAGCUUAAGAAACAGUUAGAGGAGUUAUUGGAUAAGCAGUUUGUUAGACCUAGUGUGUCCCCGUGA